AGGCAACUGGAGCAUCUAACUGGGCUGGGGUAUCAGACCAAAAAAUAACUGGACUGGGACCAAAAGGAAAAAUUAGAAGAAAGAUGGACUGCUUCAAAACGUAAACGUUAAACCAUCCCCAAUUGGACUACAACUUGGUGUAAGUUGGUUUUCUUUUGGAGAAAGACUUACCAACAGACAAUAUGUCAACUUGGCAAUCAGACAAUGGUACACAACAAUGGUAGAAAGGUAAUGUGUUCUAACUUUUCCACACAACAUUGUUUCAUUGGUUUUGGAAGCUAUGGACAUGGUUAAUUGUUUCAGGUGUAGAAUCAUCAUUUAGAGUUUAGACUUUAUGGCUCUAGUCUUGGAUUGGAUAAUCGCUUCGGUUUUUGUUUGUAAGACCAAAAUUUGAUACUUAACCUAAAAUUUGAAGCUCUAAAUGAUAACUCUAUACUAAAUAAAGAAGAUGAACACAUGCAAGUAGUGGAUUGCUCAAGCGGUUAGGGUCUUCUUUCUUAACGCACUACAUCCCAAGUUCAAACCCUUCAUAUGCCAAUUACUAUAGAAUAGUAUAGAAUAUCGCUUGUACUAAAAAAGAAAAUGAACUCAUGAGAUAUAGAUAUUUUUUUUGGGUAAUCUAAACGCUAUAUAUGGGUAAGAAGAAAUAAACUACGACCCAAAGAAGAAAAAAUCGUAACCGAUAUGGGAGCAUCUUUGCAUGUGUGCCAUGUGCUUUGAUGAUGACCAAAAUUUGACUCCAACUGAAUGUUAAGCUAAGCUGCCAACGUCAUGUGUGAAUGGAUAGGAAUUUUUUCUUUAUAUAUUAUACAUUUUGCAUAUUAAUAUACUACCGAUCGUCCAUUCACAUUCAUAUGUUUUCAUAUUAAAAUACCACCGAUCGUUCAUCCAUUCAUUCAUGUGCUCAAGUGCUUUGGUGGUAAGAGCUUGUCCAGUAAGCUGAUCUGCAUGCAGAAGCAGAAGCUGAAAGCUGAGCUCAGAAGCAUGGAUCUGUGACAUGGGAGUGUAGCUUUUGCUGCAAACAGCCAUUUUCCUCUGUUAGGAUGACGACCCUUCUCAUUCAUUUGAGUUGAAACCUCUUCUCAUGCACCAAAAACAUUUUAUAUAUGCACCCAAAGGAGGUGGCAGGUCAAAGUAACUCCGACCUCACUGAAGCACCUGUUCUAUGAUUCAUAUCCAUGCAUUCCUUCAUUGAACUUUCCCUUGGCAUAAAUUGGGUCAUAUACUUGGAUUGACCAAGUUCCAUUUUAGGUUGAUAAUUGUGUCUUGUAAGUGACUCAUACUAGUUCAAGACUAGGGUUUUUGCCCUAAACGGACAUGUUGAGAAAAUCUCAUUUUUACUCAUUUUUCUUCAAGUUUGAUUGUCUAGUGUUGGUAUUGAAAUCACCAUUGAAAGCUUAAACUUUAGAGUCUACAGUCUUAUAUUUAUUAAUUGCUAAGAUAAAAGAUUUUAAAGCGCCAAAAUAUGAAACUUAAGCUCAAAAAAAUCAUUUUUUACACGUCAGUCCUUUGAAAAAAACCGGAUCUCCUAAAUAUAUCUCUAAAGAGAUGUUAAUUACUUGUUAGUUGAUGCUAACUGACCUAGUGUUUUUUUUCCCUAAUUAGCAAAGUAUCUGGACUGCAGCAACUAGAUCGGUCAAAAAAUCCCAAAAUUUUGCAGUUCUUGUGGUUCAAGUGCAUUUAAUUUGUGUCGGGUGAGAUUUUGGUUUGUGAAAACGAUGGCCUUAUUGAAACCACUUUUGACUAAUUUUCCUUUUUGUCUGAUGUGAUCAAUGGUGUGUUGCAUAACGCACGAGGAUAACACAACUGCACUCACUCACUUCAUUAUAGACUUGAAGCUCAGAUUUUCAGCUACAAGAAAGCACUUGCCUAAUCAUUUUCUGACAACCUGGCCAAUUUCCAAAAUCUCGACCAAAUCAGAAAAACUUAACCACAACGGGUUGUAUUUUCAUGUCUGUCUUACUAAUUAAGUUUUUAAUCACGUGACGAGUGAAAUAGAGACGUGCAUGAUAUACCGUCAGAGAUCAAAGUUAUCCUAAUUACAAACAGAAAAACCAAACCAAAGCAGCGCAGCACCAAUUUUCUUCACCAAGUUGGAGAAUUGGAGUGCUGAGCUUGAACAACAUGACUGACUAAAUAGAUAAAUAUUGUACGUAUUGAAUAAUAAAACCCUAUUUUUAAACUAUAUUGCUCAAGGUAACUGAAUCAUUAGUAAUUGUCGGUAGAAAAAUAUACCAGAAGAGCUGUGGCAAGUAGCAGUGAGUGAACCACAAUGUCACAAAACGACAAUUUGCAGCAGUUCCCAGGUGCGGCGCCGUUCGGCGGAAAAUAUAAACUUAUUCAAACCCUAAAAUCAAACUUUGCCAUUAAAAAUUUACUAAUCAAACUCAGUAGCCAUUAAUCAUCAACACCGGAAAAAAUAUAAAGAAAAAAAAAAUUGUGUUACAAAUAAGAUGAAGGCUUAAAAAAAAAUGUAGUCCCCACGAUAUUACAUAAACCAUUAAUGAUUGUCCCCUUAGAACCCUACAUACAGACCUUCCUUUGUCCCCCGUUCAUUUCUUAUAAGACUCCCCCUUUACGUUUCUCAAUGCCCCACUUUCCUCCUCCAACUUAAUCACCAUUUCCUAGUGUGCUCGUGUGCCUAAAUUCUCAUUAUUUUUUCUCUCUUUUUUCUCCAAUUUUUACUCUCUCUCUCUCUCGGAUCUCUUUGUUUGUCUGUACCAAAAAUGGCUUCUGGGGGUGCUGGCAGCGCUGGGACUGGCACUGGGUCUCCUUGUGGGGCAUGCAAGUUUCUGAGGAGAAAGUGUGCUUCUGAUUGCAUAUUUGCACCUUAUUUUUGCUCCGAGCAAGGACCUGCUCGUUUUGCUGCCAUUCACAAAGUGUUUGGCGCCAGCAAUGUGUCCAAGUUAUUGUUGCAUGUUCCUGCUCAUGAUCGUUGUGAAGCUGUUGUCACAAUUGCCUAUGAAGCUCAAGCAAGAAUUCGAGACCCCGUUUAUGGAUGCGUGGCUCACAUUUUUUCCUUGCAACAACAGGUGGCAUGUUUGCAAGCACAAUUGAUGCAAGUAAAGGCUCAACUGGCUCACCAAAACCUCGUUGAUUCAAGGAACAUGGAGAGUACUCAGUGGCAGGGGAAUGUGAAUGGAUCAGUCACAAGCAUUCCAAGUUAUCCGAGCUACGUGAAUCCUAUUUCACCUCGGAGCUCGCUGGACUCCAUGGACCCCAACAGUGAUAUUGCCAUGAAUAUGCAGGAGAUUCAAAGCAGCAGAGAGGAGUUCUCGUACCAAGGUUGUUCUAAAAAGAGACCAUAUAAUGGUGACUUGGGAGAGCUUCAAGCCUUGGCCCUCAGAAUGAUGAGAAACUGAUCAAUCCCUACAUCAUGUUUUGUUUCAACGGUAUGACGGUGGCCUUUCAGAUGUUUCUGUGACCAAUGGUGUAUAUACUGAGCCUGUUUUUUUUUCAAGAAAAAGAAAUUAGUACCAUUAAUCAUAUAAUCUCUCUCUCUCUCUCUUUAUGAUAUGAGAGAUUUUUCAAUGUGAUCGGUACACAUAAUGGUACACUACGUGUCACUGUACAAAUGAUGAGAUAUAUGUGUUAAAAAGUUAAUAAUUUAAAAAAUGAAAUUUCUCACCCCUUCUAUUAAAACAUGUGAUGUACCACUUAUAUUUCCGUUAUAAUUAAAAAUUU